AUGGCUGAGGAAGACAGCAGUGGUCGUAGUGCAUGGGGUGUGCGGGUGGCGUACACUGGGGAGCAGCGGGAUGGCGCAAACCUGUACGCGGUGUCUGUGCAUGGUGUGCUGCUGCAAGCUGAGGAGGACGUCCAGAUGGAUCUCAAAGACGACGAUGACAGCGGCAGCGGCGACAAAGCUGACGCAGGCGGUGCCCAACAAGCCAGCGCUGGCGUGCACCAAGUCUACAAACACUAUGCCUGCUUCGUCGAGCUGCGAGAACGCCUGCAGCAUGUGCUGAGCGACGAUCAGCGAUACAAGGAAGCUUGCUCCCACUUUCCCUCCAAGUGGUCACUCAGGAGCUUGAACGAUCGCGCAGCAAAGCUCGAACGCUUCCUGGGCACCCUUGUCGCUGCGCCCGACAUUCGAGAGACAUUUGUCGUGCGUCACUUCCUCGGCGUGUAUGACAAUGCGCGCCUGUACCAGACCUUGACCUACUGCCCGACCUGCAUCUUUUCGCUCCGCCGCCAGCCGGCCCUCCUCCCAGCCGCCGUCUCCACCCGCGAUGGGGUGGUGGUGCUCGAAGCAUCGUGCCCAGCGCACGCCCAGCGCCGCCGUGGCACAUCAAAGGCAGCAGAGAACAAAGCCGGCAAGCUGGAGUGUACGCUGUGUUCGGACGCGUCUGUGUUUCUCCGCUGGGCUGCGAGCACCAUCGCCGUCAGCGCGAAACUGCGCGCGUGUGCGACACCAUCGACAUUUGCUCACACGGCACAGGCGCACCCGCCCUGUGUCAAGCGUAUUCCACUCCUGCGUGCCGGCAAACCCAUUCCGGAGGAGGAGCUGGUGUCCAUGUGCACCGCCGCUGUUGCCACCGAACGCGCCGCUGGAUCGUCGUUUGCACGCAAGAGGUUGGCCGUGAUGUUCUCGGAUCCGCAGACAUAUGACCGCGACGCCGUCAACGCCGCCGUCCACGCUGCGCUCCCACACACGCGCAGGCAUCGGGUUGUGCUUGAGCUGAAUCCAACGUGUAUGGCUGCCGUGGCCGCGCUCCCCAACAGCUGCUUCCUCUCCCCACGUGUCUACCCACUUGUCACCACCACCAUCCCGGCAAACAUGGUGUCGCGGAGUCGGAUGGCGCUCAUCGUCGCCCUCGGAGAACUCGCCGCCUUCAACAAUAUGAACGCGGCUGUGGACAUCAACAUCACGCGGCCAUUCCCAGACCUCACCACCAUCUUUGACAGCUUGCGAUCAAAGAACAUGGGCUUUGGGCGAUACCCGAUCUCGAUGUCGCCGUCUGCCGGGUGCGCGGCCGUUCUCAUCGACCUGGGGGAGGAAGUGGUGUCGUUGAAUCGGCUGGUGGAUAUGGACCGGCUGUGGACGAUGGCGCUGCCGCACAUCAACAAGCUGCGCCAGAGCAACUACGGCCUGCUCACAGCUCGCUCGGCGCUGUCCGAGGCGCGAAAGGCGUUUAUGGCGUGUGUUCGGCCGGGUGUGCUGGAGAGGUUUCCAAACCUCCGCGUGGACUUUGAUCGCCAGACACUCGACAAUCUGCAGUGGCUCGUGGGGCGGGCACAGAUAUUCUUUGUGCGGCGGCAGCCCGAUGCUGCGAGCUUCGACGCGGCGCUGGUGAUGGACACAUGUGAGGAUACGGCGAUGCGCACGGAUGCAAUGCAGCAAGCGGAAGUGCAGGCCGCUAAGAAGAAGCAAAGCACAUGA